AUGCCAGCUGUGAAAGAAGAAUUGGAAACUAUAGUUACAAAAGUUAUUACUGGUUUUAAAGACUCUUCAAUUGAUGAAGUUUCAUCUUCAAUCACAAACCUUAUAUUAAAAGAAUUACAACCAAAGACUGUUGAUUAUAAAAUCAUUAUCAAUGCUUCUAUAGUCAACAAAAAAAUCAAAGAUGAAGUUAAACAAACUGCCGGUUAUUUAUAUACAGAUUCUACAGAUGGUUAUUACACUCUAAAGUUUGAUUUAAAAGAAGAUUAUGAUUUAAUUUUGAAUGUUAUUUAUGUGAAAUGA